AAAGCGAUAGAAAUACAUGUAAUUAUCCUUUAUGGAUUAAUGGUCUGUAUGGCUUUCGGAAACAUUUUACCUAAUGGCAAUAAUUCAAGUUCAUUGACUGAACCAUCAAAGGAUAAAUUGCUGCUAAGAAAUGCUAUCGAUCAGUUGUAUAAAGAAACUAUGAUUCGACUUGAAAUUGAAAAGAAGUUGCGUCUCUUGACAAAUGAGAUUUCAAAUCUAAAAACUGAGGGAGAAAAACCAGGAGAAUCAUCCCAAGAAAAUAAAGGAGACAUUUUACAAAAAAAAUCUGGAUAUGGAUUUUAUGCGUAUGUGUCGAGUGACCUUACAAAUCCUGGUGGUCAACACACAAUUGUUUAUGACAUCAUUAAAACAAAUUUUGACAAUGCAUACAACCAGUACACUGGCAUCUUUACGGCACCGAAGGACGGUCUUUAUUCGUUUACCUGGGUGACACGUGUUGAGUGCGGUGAAGCGUACACAAGUGAAUUGAUUGUUAAUAAGGAUGUGCUUGGUAGUACAUACGCUUACUGCGGUUGGAAUACCGUCACUGGAAAUGCCAUUGUAAAAGUGACAAAGGGCGAUGCAGUAUUUAUACGUACCCGACCAGGUGUUGGAAAGGGAAUGAUUAGAAGUAAUGAAUAUGGAAGAACUUCUUUCUCUGGGUUCAUUAUCAAUUAAGAUUCAAGACAUACAAAUGAAUAAUGCAUGCAUAGUUUUGUAAGAAAAUAUUUACGACAUUUUUUUGUUUGGAAAUAAAUGCAAAAAUAAAGUGAGUGUACUUUCA